AUGGCUGAAGACACUCCUGCUUUCCAGGCUCGUGCCAACGACGCCGACUCUCGUCUGGACUCGCUCAGUGCGCUUGACAUUGACUCGAAGCCCCCGUUUCAUCGUCAGACCGGCAUCGUCUGCACCAUCGGUCCUGCCUCUCGCGAGAUCCCCAAGCUGGUGCAGAUGAUCAAGGCUGGCAUGAAUGUGGCCCGCAUGAACUUUUCUCAUGGCACUCACGAGUACCAUCUGCAAACUAUUUUGAAUGUGCGUGAGGCUGCCAAGGUUGCCAGCCAGGAGCUGGGCAUCCCCAAUCUGCCCAUUGCCAUUGCUCUGGACACCAAAGGUCCGGAAAUCCGUACCGGUCUGCUUGAGGGUGGAGCCAGCGCUGAGAUUGAACUGGUGAAGGGCAACAAGAUCAAGUUGACCACUGAUGACUCCUUCAAGGAGAAGUGCUCUCUCAGCGUCGUCUACCUCGACUACAAAAACAUUGUCAAGGUGGUGUCCAAGGGUAGUCGCGUCUACGUCGAUGACGGACUCAUCUCGCUGAUCGUCGAGGAAGUUGGACCCGACUACCUCAUCUGCAUGAUUGAGAACGGCGGCGGACUAGGCUCGAAGAAGGGCGUCAACCUGCCCGGCGCUCUUGUCGAUCUGCCCGCCGUCUCCGAGAAGGACAAGGAGGAUCUGGUGUUUGGCUGCAAGAACGAGGUGGACAUGGUCUUUGCUUCCUUCAUUCGCAACGGCAACGGCGUCAAGGAGAUUCGCCAGAUUUUGCAGCAGAACAAUGGCGCCGACAUUAAGAUCAUCUCCAAGGUGGAGAACCACGAGGGCGUCAAGAAGAUUGACGAGAUCAUUCGUGAGAGUGACGGCCUCAUGGUGGCCCGCGGUGACAUGGGCAUUGAGAUUCCUCCCGAGAAGGUCUUUCUGGCGCAAAAGAUGAUGAUUGCCAAGUGCAACGUUGCCGGCAAGCCGGUCAUCUGCGCCACUCAGAUGCUGGAGAGCAUGAUCAAGAAGCCCCGUCCGACUCGAGCCGAGGUCUCCGACGUAGCCAAUGCCGUUCUCGAUGGCGCCGACUGUGUGAUGCUGUCUGGUGAGACGGCCAAGGGUGACUACCCGCUGGAGGCUGUCUCGAUGAUGCACGCCGUCUCGCUGGAAGCAGAGGCAGCUCUCUUCACCAAGAGCGUCUUCAUUGAGCUCAGCCUGAAGACCCCGAUUCCGUGCGACACAAACACCGCUGUGGCCGUGGCCGCCGUCGAGGCUUCGCUGAAAUCGCGCGCCGUUGCGAUCAUUGUGCUGACGACCACUGGUCGCUCUGCGCACCUCAUUUCCAAGUACCGUCCCCGUUGUCCGAUUCUGGCCAUCACUCGCAACGCCAUGGUCGCCCGUCAGGCGCACCUCUACCGCGGCAUUCUCCCGUACGUCGUCGACACGCCCAAGUCCGAUGACUGGCCCCGAGACGUGGACAAUCGCAUUCAGGUGGGACUGAACCUGGGCAAGCAGCUCGCCGUGAUUGCCAAGGGCGACACCAUUGUCGUGGUCACCGGGUGGAAGGCCGGCUCGGGCUCCACCAACACCGUGCGCAUCAUUGCCGCCGAGUGA